AUGCGGGAAUCAGCAGGCGAAGGCUUUCACAGCAUGGAGAUAGACUGUUUGUGUCAGGUCUUAGUAGUGCUACUGAGUCUAUGCGAGGGACUCUGGGCUGCCCCUGGCCCCCGUCUAAAGCCUACAGACCCCCGAACUGAGUUUGAUUCCAUCGUCCACAUGGCGAGAAACCUGCUGAGUGACACCAAGCACCUCUUCAACCAUUUUAAAAACCGCUAUCCAGCAGAAGGCGAACACAAGCUGGAAACGCUGCCUGUGUUGUCCAUGAAUGCUGUAGAACUUGCCAACAUCCAGGUCUCUGUGGGUCUGGCCCGGCUCAGUUCUGACUUGCAGUGUUAUCAGCGCCACUUUGAGUGGCUGCGGAAGGCAGCAUCAUUGCUGCGGCCCAUGGAGCAUGACAUCAGCACAGUACACAGCCGGCUCGAGCGCCUUCUCAAAAGACUGGAGCACCUGAUGACCAAGCUCAGCCUCUCGCGGCCCAACGACCCUCUGCCAACCCUCCCAGCCCACGGCACCCACUGGUCCGUGGUUCAGGCAGGACAUGCCAUCGUCCACUCAUUUCACCUUUAUCUGGACUGGGCAGCCCGCGUGCUGGUUCUGAUCCGGAACAAGCUGUGAACAGCAAAAGAACGGACCGCCAUGGGUAUUUUGGAAGGCAUU